CUGAGCCACUGCUCCUUUGUUUUUUGCCCUUUCUGUCUCCGGGAUAUCUAAUGCAAGUCUCAUUAUUUAAUUUUGACGGGUGGAGAGGAAGUCGACUCUGCGUUGUCACUGUCCUGGCAGGGUUUGAAGACCAGGGACUGCUUCCUUGCAUAAGCCUCCUCCGAGCUGCAAAACAACAUGCAGGCAUGAAGCAAUAAGUAUAUGUUCCCGAUAGUUUGCCUCUUUGGUCCGAAUUUGCAUGCGCACACAUGCGUAUCUUUCAAGUCCCUUGAUCGAACCCUUUAAGAAUUCGACAGACCUUUCUCCUACGUUUUUGCAUCUCCUUGCGUUCAUUUUUGGCAUCUGUUGAUCCCAGAGCAAAUCAAAAGAUAUUCGUCAUGGGGCUGCUUUCCCUCCAGUAUCGGCGACCCAAGAAGGUCGACUCUGAGACCUAUCAACAGCGCCGAGAAGGGUUGGAAGAAGCUGCUGAAGGAUCUGUUAAGUCAGGGGUUUCUGGCGCUUCGUCUGGUAUUCCGGAUGCCUUGAGCUUUGAUAGAAUCAUCAACGGUGGUACUUGUCCACCCUUGGCUAUCCGCGACUUCAUGAAUUACCUCGUCUAUGUUGAACACGCCGCCGAAAACCUCCAGUUCUAUCUCUGGUUCAAGAAUUACGAAAAACGCUUCGCCGAGGCCAAGGGUAGUGAUAUUGCCCUGGCACCCGAGUGGACUCAAGCCAUGGAGGAUGAAGUUGUUGCCAAAGUUCGAAAAGAGCAGGUCGAUAAAAUGAGGCGAGAGCCUGCAGCAACGGCCGCCAUCUUCAAGGGGACCGAUUUUGAGAAGCAGCCCUGUGACAAGAAGGCCAAUCCCUUCAACACUCCCCCUCGAUCUCCGAAUGGUGUCUCGGAAGAUCAUGACACGCUGACGACAUCAUGGGAAGUCAUGACUUCGGGCGGAAUGUCAAACGCUCAGUCUACCUCCAACGUUAGUGCGCGGACACAAGCUGCAGAAGCUUUCGUGACAGCUGGUGCUAGGCUUCCCUUCACCAUUCAGCCGUUUCAUCAGGAGAUCAAUCGCAUAAUAACAAGCUACCUCAUGGACGGUGCUCCACGGCAGCUUAACUUGGCUGCGUGGGAACAGAGAGCAACAGUCCAAGCGCUCUCUCACACAACGCAUCCAUCUGCCUUUCGAAUUCUCUUCAAAAGUGUUGACUCAGCACUUCGACUCCAGUCACAUCCCAAUUUUAUUCGGUGGUCCAUAUGCAACGGCAAUCUCCCUCGAGUUUGGUUCGCUCGCUUCCUUGGUAUCGCUCUCAUCCUAAUAGGAUUUGCCGUCGCCAUCAUCCUCACUCUCAGCAGGGCCGGACGCGGCUACCGAGUUCUUCCUCUCAUUGCCUGGGUAUUGGGAAUGAGCACAUUGGUAGCCGCCUACAAGGGCAUGUGUGUUGUCUUGCACGGCUUGCAUCACCGCCAUGUCCGCCCGUGGGAGCUGUUCACCCAGGAUGACGGAGAGGAAUUCGGCAUGUCAAACAUGGAAUCAUUCGGCUCUAACAAUAGCUACGAGGAUGAGCCAUGGGUGGUCAAGUAUCAGGAACGCAACAUUGUUCGUAAAAUCUUUGACCGUGAGAUAUGGAUCCAGGAGCCUGCUUUGAGGCAAAUCCAGGACACCAUCUUUUGCCAAGCACUGCUAGCUGGCCUUGUUUUUGGUCUCAUUUUCAUGGCAGUUUUUCUUGCUGUCCCAGGAGGCCACUUCUUUUAGAAGCGGCCCAAGUGACAGUGGCAAAAACACAAACUGUAAUAGUUUGAAUUGCGACAUAUCUGUCUGUCUGUCUGUUUGUCUGUCUUGUCUGCCUGUCUGUUACAGGGACCAAACUCCGUAAAUAGAAUUGAACGCCUUUCAAUGAGAAUUCGAUUGAACUCCGAAACCGCCACCUGCCAAUUGUUGCCAU